AUGAGCAACACAUCUCAAGGCAGAUCGAGUAACAUUCCUGGGAUACCGUCAACCAAGAAUAACUCCACCACCCAGCCGAAAGACAGCCAACUAUGUGCUUCUAGAGUAAUGUGCAUACUCUUCGAUACACACCCGCGUGUACGUGUGGGCGCCGUAGAACCAGCCACCCAACGGCCCAAACACUGCAUGUCUCACCUCCAGCCGCGCUGCACUGCACGAGAAACUGCCGGGUCUUCUUAUUGUCCGAGUCGCAACUGCCAACGGGGCUAUCCCCGUGCGGCGGGAGAUCUCGUUCGUGGGGUAUUUCUUGCCGGCGUUCGAAAAAAGCUUUCGGAGUAUUUAUUUUCAAUACCUAGAAGGACGAUGGCAGCCCCUAGCUAG